AAUACAAAAUCUUUUCAUAUGACGCUUCGUCUUCAGGAAAAUCGAGUUUGGAAAUUUGUCAAGUGUACGAGGUGCUAUUGGUCGCUGGAAAAGUUCGUUCCGAUUUACAUUUCGAUUCGAUAUGCAUCUAUUGAAUUAUAUAUAUAGGUGUCAUUUUGUUCCACAACCUUUCUCCAUCUUUCACGCCACUCGAACGUUCCAUCCUUCCAGAACCUCUCAGAUUUUUCGUCGAAAAGCUUUUCAAUAUGAUUCCUUAUGUCGAUCAAAUUCCUUAAAAAUCGGAACGAACUUCCCGGGCAACCCAUAAAAGUGUUUAAUAGAAAUCGGUCUGAGUUUAUAAAAGCUUGUAAAAUGUUUGUUUGUUAUAAAAGUUUAUAAAAUGUCGAAAUGUCGUGCCUUGAGUUCCAAUUUCAUUUUGAGAAAUAGAAACAAGGGACUGAAUCCACAAGGUAUUUGUUCGUAGGUUUGGCAGAUUCAGCCCCUUACGACCUGUUCUUAUUUCGAAAAUUGAAAUUUAAGCUCCGCGCUUUAAUUUGUCUGGUAAGCGCUGCUCUCUGAAGAACAGACUGUUAACGUAGAUGGGCAAAAUGAUUUUCGAAAAUUAUUUGACACAUGUGAGAGUCAAUCUGAUCGCUAUACCAACGCAGAAAAGGAUUAUUUUGAAGGAGACGGUAAUCAAGUUUAGAUUGGGACUUUGAUAAUAUUUAUAAAAUAUUCGUUGAAUAAUUAAUAAGUAUUUAUAAAACCAGCCCGGUUUCUUUUUAAUAGCAUCUCGUACUUUCUCAUUUGUAUGUCCAUUUUAAUACGAGAGAUCGCGAUCGAUAAUCGAUUGCGAAAUUGACGAAGUUGGAAUGGAAUCGCGUCCGUAUUCCACUUGAAAUUUCAAUUGUUAUCAGAAACCUGAUUAAUGAAUGCCGAUUAACCUGACGCAAACGAAAAUUCGAAUUAACGAGGCCUUAAUUAAACGCCAGCCAAGGAAGACCUGAUUAUUAAGAGGCUAAUUAACAAUCCUUGAUUAACGCCUGUCCAAUUAGAGGGAGGGGGAGGGCCCUAAUUAACGAACUUCUGACGAGCUGGAAUUAGGACGCUGAUUUAAGGAGCCUGCGAGGACAAGGAAGGUUUAUUAAAAACAUCGUACAAAAACGACGCUAAAUUCACGAUAGAAAAUUUGUAAAAUGUUGGAAAUACAGUGGCGUGGAAAAGUUUCCGGCCAGUUAAAUUUUCAUAAAGAAUUUUAAGGGAUAUUAUACAUCUGAUACAGGCUCGUGAGACAUUUUUCCAUUUAAAAGUUGUAUAACUUUAUUUUUCUUCUUAAAUCUUCCUCAGUAUCUUUUUAAAUCUUUCUAAAUUUUUGCCCCAGAUUUGCAAAGUUUGGUUUCUUGGAAAUUUAUAAUGGAAAAAAUCCACAAUGGAGCAGCGAGUGAAAAUUCUGAAAAAAAAAAAAUAAGGUCCGAUUACUCUUUGCGACGUAAUAAUAAACAGCAAUUGAUGAACAAUUUUUUGAGUUUUCGAUGACCCAAAACUUGGUAUCUUCUUCAUUAAUAUAUUUAUCUGGGUGAAAAAGCGUGACAUUUUUCGUUGGAACAGCGUUGGAAAGAUGGAACAUUGAUUUCGAAAAUAAAAUUCGCUUAUUUUUAUUCGUUGCUCCGUUAUAAAUAUUCCUGUUACAAAUUUCCAAAGAAAGAGACUUCACGAAUCUGAAACAAAAAUUUACAGGUAUACGAUAGAGAAGAGGUUAUAAGAUUUUAAACCGAGCAAGUGACUUAUGGACCACCCUGUAUAGCUAGACAAUAUAACGUUCGUGUAUCGUAUGUGUAUGGUAUCAUGUGUACGUAUAGUAUAUGUAUUCUUUUACUUAUCACACUCUUAUACCCAAUAUUACUUAAAAUUAUAUUAGAUGUCGCUCUUCGAAUAUAAAGCGAAAAAUUUAUCUGGAAAUUUUUGCACGCCACUGUAGCUUGAAGGAAAAUAGAAAAAGAAGAGACAGGAAAGUUGGUAACCUAUACUCGUCGAUUUUUAUUCAGAUCGUUUCGAGACGUUGGAUGACAAGUCGUAGAACUUUUAUUUUUCGAUAAAAGAGUGCAGCCAAUCCUCGCUUCUACCUUGGAAAUCGAUUUUAUAUCCGAUAUGAAGUCGAUAGACGUGCCAUUCUUCGUUAACGAUAGAAAAAGAGAAUAAUGCAUUUUUAUGCUUGGAAUUUAAAAUCGCACGAGAAAAAUUAAGUGAAAUCGGUUAAUACUGUACAAUUUCGAUUUUUUCUUAGACUACGGUAUAUCGAACGUGACUAUUCAAAGGGUACAAUAUCAUUUAAAAAAUCGUCGUACGCAACUUUAUGUACCCUCAAUUCCAUACAUUAUAACUAAACUCAAAGCUAACCUAAAACUAAAUAUAUAACUUCUUCAUUUUUAUUUGAAAAUUCGUUUAGUGUGUGAUCAAGUGACAGUGUAGAUAUUUAAAAAGAUAAAAUGUCACGGAAAAAGAUAUUGCAAACAAUUCUGAGUGAUUCUAACCUUACUGAACCUAAACCUAAACCUAACCUAAAACUCGUUUUAUAUUUUGUCAUUUCUAUCUGGAAACUCGUUUAAUGGUCCAGCAGGUGUCAGUAUCGAUAUUUAGAAAAUCAAUUUAGGAAUCAUUAAAAAAAAGUGUUGUAAAUAUGUUUUACUUUAUACUACAACUAAACCUGAACCUAAUCUAAGACUCAAUUUUAUCGUUUUUUAUUAGAAAAUUCAUUCAAUACGGAAGCAAGCAUCAGCAGCGGUGAUAAAUCUUUGUAAAGAAUAAAGAGCGUGAACACACUCCAACAAGUUUUUUCUCUUUAUCCGACAGCGAGCCAAAUGGCCAGUAAGUUCCAUUCUUUUCUUUAUUCUCUAUUUAUUAUCUUUCGUUAUUCCAAUUCAAUAUUAAUAAAUCUUACGUUAAACUUAUUUUUUAGCCAUUUUCUGUUUACUUUCUACCACUCAAUCUGCAGAAUUGUUUGCAACAAUUUUCUCAUAAUAUUCUACCCCUUUAAAUAACCCUUUUUAUACAGGGUGGUUGGUAACUGGUGGUGCAAGCGGAAAGGGGGUGAUUCUACGCGAAAAAAGAAGUCGAAAAUAUAGAAUAAAAAAUUUUUUUUUUUAAUUUUUCCAUCGAGACAACGAUCCGUCAUAACGAGACGCGAUAAAGUGCACGCGUACCGAGCGAAAAUUCAAAGUGGAUUUUCUCGAAAACAGAGCCUCGAACGAAAAAUUGUUAUUCUAUAUUUUCGACUUCUUUUUUCGCGUAGAAUCACCCCCUUUCCGCUUGUACCGCCAGUUACCAACCACCCUGUGUAUACCGAAGUUUGAAGAAAAUCGGACACCAGCCAAAUUCCAGAGUAUCGGCUGAAAUUGUUUAAAAAUGGCAGAGGAAAUGCCGGAUGCAAGGUUGUAAUUAAAAAAGAAAAAUCGAUUUGACACUUACCGAGAGAAGAAGGUUGAGGAUUCCUCUGGAUCAGCUUCCUCUUUGACCGUUUCCAUCGAGCAACACGACUUCUUCAUUGAAACAAGGACAAGUGGUCCGCGAAACCCGUUAUAACACGGCAAACCACAUUUAACUAUCGGAUAUUUUUAGAACCUGAUCGAUAACCCGAUUGCGUUACUGCCAACCAGUUGAUGAUUCUUCCUCUUCUAUGUUCGUUUGGUCGAAAAGUUAGUGGAAACUUGGGAUCGCUCGAGAAAUCGCACAAAAAUUCCGAUUGGCCUUUGCUAGGUCCGCCAAGUUGCGUCAUACUCAAACUCGUGGUAAAGCGAUUAGCUUAGCGAAUAGAGUUUCGUGAAUCAUGAACGACAGAACCUGAUCUUUCAACCUGUUAACUCAUUCGAAUAAAAGUUUCUUUAUUUAGAGAUUCCCUGUAAUUUUAUAUGCAGCACGUCUCAGCUGACUUGAGACAUUUCGUAUUAUCGAUGAUGGGAACAAAUACGAGAAACAUUUAUUUGAUUUUGAGGAGCAGAUACGACGGUAAGCCUGACAUUUUUCUGCGGUUCGUAUUUCGCUAGAUUUUAAGGUCACCGGUGUAUUUUUAAAUGGGGCUUGAAUAAAAUUACAAAAUCUUGCAUCGUUCCAAAAUUCUACUGCCUUGAAUGCUCGAAUCUUCCUUCAAACAUUCACCGUUUAUAUCUUGUCGCUAGUGCUGUAACAGAUUGAAACAUACCACAGCCAAACCUUUUAAUUUUGUCCAAAAUAUUACAACACUCGUUAUCCAAGUUACUCGUUGAGAAUCCUUCAGUCCGUGAGAUUUACUUUAUCCUGAUCGCUGUAAAAAAUUUAACAUCAAGACGUAAAGGUAACGAAUGACGAGCCUGAACUCUCUCGCUCCUAAAUUCUUCCGUAUUCUUCGUCGACUCUCGAAAAUUUCAACGCACGAAACUGACGUGGAAUCCCGAGAGAAAGGUUGCUGCGCUCGAAAAUGGAACUGAAAGGGAAUGAAAUUCUACGCCACUGUUAUAUUUUUUCUUCGCUGUUCCGAGAAGCCGGAGGACAGAGUAGCGAUAGAGGCGUUCGCGGGAGAUAAAUCGAAGUAGACAAGGCGAAACUCAGGGCACGUACCACGGGAGAAAAUUUUCUCGGUGGCGCGCAAAGUGGCGGAGGAAUUUGCAUUCCAAAGUGCACGGGCCUGAUGCGCCGUGCAUUCGCUAGCAGCGUCGCUUUUCGCACGUUCGAGGCGAAAUAAAUCAUUUCGUGCUAACUUUCGGUUUAACAAACCGCUCGCUCUAUCUCACGUUCAACAUUUAAAAUAUCCGCAAUAGCUGGCAAAACUGUUGCCACAGUUAGCUGGCACGGAAAUCUUUCUACGAACAUACUCUGUCCGUUAUACGAAACAUUUAAAAUUUCCUUGCCACUGUCGUGCAAGAUGACUAUCUUGAUUAUGUAAUGGUCGAAUUUGAAACGAAUCUAAAAACGUGUACACUGUGGCUCGAGGAAAUAUUCCAACGCUGUUGGCAACUCUUCACGCGUAUACUAUACGAGACAUUUCGAAGUUUCACUGGCACCAGAGCUUAUCGUGAUUAUAAUAGUAAAAUAUGAAGCCAGUCGAAAAACGUAUACACGGUGGCCGGCGAAAGUAUUCGUACACUUUCGGCAACUCGUUCAGCGUGCAUUGUAGAAAACAUUUUAAAACUUCAUCGACGCUGUAACGAAAGACUAUGGUGAUUGCGAUAGUAAAAUUUGAAAGCGGUCUGAAAAUGCAUAUACCGUGGCUGAGGGAAAUAUUGGAACACCGUUAGGAACUCUUUAUGCGUAUACUGUACAAAGCAUUCUGAAGCUUCAUUAGCACUGUAACGAGGCAAGACUAUGACCGAUGUCGGACAAAUUUUUAACGAAUUUGAAAACGUGCAUAGAAGUUGGGAAAUAGUAAGAAAAAAAUAUUGGAACGAUCGAUUAUUCGCUAUAUUAAUAAUUAAAAUAAUAAUUUAACGAGACCAUCUUUUUUAGACCAUGCUAAUCGGAUGCUUCAAAAUUCGAACGUUUCGUAAUUUCUACUAAUUUUUUACUAACUGUACGUUUGCAAUAAAUGUCUUGUAAAUUCCGUACACAUCUUCGAAUUGCUUUCAAACUUUACUGUUACAAUCGCGAUACUCGUGUCUCGCCACAGUGCUAACGAGAUUUCAGAAUGUUUCGUAUAAUAUAUACAACCGUGUAUAAGUAUUUGGACGCCUGAUCCAAUCCAUUCGAAACAUCGAUAUCUCUAUUUUAUUUUCAACAUUAUGACAGAAAAUUAUUUCACUGCUAUUAAUUCUCACGAAUGUGCCGGCGAAUCGAAACCGAAACGAGCAACGUACUUUCAUCGAUCACGAACCAUAUUUACAUUUAGCAAAUAUCGUAGAUUUUGUCAAACGCGUAGAAACUCUUAGAACGUUGAUCGAUAGCGCAUUAGCUUCCUGCCAUUUAUCUUAACGAUUUGCCCAUAAAGAUUCGGCAAAAUUCUCUCCUAGCGUUUAAAAUUGCCUCUACGCAGAGUGAGAUUUUUCAAGCGAAGAAAAAUACCUCUGAAACUCUUCCAGGGAAUACGAAAUUUUGCGAGAAAAAAUUCGCUCGUGUCUUUUUGUUGAUGGAAGAAAGGGAAGACACGGCUGUGAACUGGUUUUCGAAAGAAAUUGUCUCAGAGUAUUAUAAAUCGUGAAUUCGUUUCGGAAUUAAGUAAAAAAUAAUGGAGACCAAAGUCUGGACAUGCAAAUGACUGGAAUACCUAAUCGUUUCGGAGAAACAGCUUCGCGAGGAAUAAUUCAUUCGAGAUUCUGGAGCCUGGCAGUCUGCUGGCUCCCAACGUCGAUCGCUAGAACCGGUCGAUACACCUAUUCGAAACUUUAUUCCAUUUAAAAGAAAAAAGAAAGAGAGAAGGGAAAAGGACAGACGUUUCGUGGUCCACGCGUAUACGUUCUGGAACAUCGAUAAAUAAUUAACGCUUAAAAGCAUCGCAAACCUUAUCGAAAUGAAUUAUUUUACGCACUAAUUAACUGUUAGACGCAUGCUUUCAAUAAUUACUUAAACAUUCCAGCAGCUGAUCAAAAGUCGACCAUUAAAGCUUCAUACAGGAAAUUAUUAUUCAUGAGACAUUUAGAAAGUUACAUAGAGAUUUGCGAGAAGAUAGUUGUCAGCAGGCUAUAUUUGAUUAAAGAGAAUCGAUCGGAUGAGUCGAUGAACAGCAGAACUCCCGAAUUAGACACUUUCGAGAAAUAUUAAAAUCGAAGUGUAAACGCGUGAAACUACACGCCAAUGCGAAAAAUUACUCUAGAAAUACAUAGACGAUAUAUGAUAGUCGUUUGAGUUUAACAAAAUGUGAACAAGUUAAGGAAGCACGUUAAGAACAUCAAACGAACAAUUGACGUUCUAUCGAGAAAUUUGUUGAGGGAAGGCUGCUGUUCACAGACAGGACGACGACGACUAAAAUUCUCUUAACGGCAUGAUGAGUUUGCUUUAAGUAGUAUCUUUUACCACUGUAUUAUUUUCUUUAAUUUCCUAACUGCAACAUGUGUCGAGCUCGGCAACAGCACGGGUCUAAUGGUUUUAUUUGAAUCGUAAGAGACUUAGGAAUAACGUUGAACCACAGGUAGACAGACAUGAACGUUCGUCUGAGUUGGCAUGACCGUAUUUGCAUUGGGAGAGCACUGUAAAAUUAACAGCGUUGACGAUAAAAGGCAAAACUAACGCUAUUCGUCGAAAUGUCUGAAAACGUGGCUUUCGAAUACGCGCUGUUCUUCAACUCGCCGAUUCAAUUAGACAGCUGGAAAUAAUCACUGCGUUUGUAGGGGAGCACGGCAUCCUUUCGGAAAUUUCAAACUUGUCUAUCUUCGCUUGCGGAUGUAUCAACUGGAAAGCGAAUCAGUGGAGACGUUGUUAAUCCUACGAUACGUAGACGCGAGCUGCAACGACAAUUGUAGAAAUACGUUCUGCGCGCGUAUGUCGGUUAGUUUAGUAGAAAAGUUGAUGGGAAAAAUUCAGUCCGCUGGAAAAGUGAUAAAUUCCGCAAGUGAACGUCGCAGGGAAAAAUUGACCGUUUUAAUAGCGACGUUUAGCCAGUUCGGAGCUGAUAUAAACAUAACCCAAAUCCUGACGUAACUCAGGUAUAAUCGAAUCCUGGAUCACACCUGACAGUGAUAUAAUCCUUGCCCGAGUCAGAUUUAAUAAAAACGUGACCAAAAUCCUGAUUUGACUGAAGCGUCACCCAAAGCUAACUGAAGUCUACAGCUCGUGCAUAACUCAAAUCUAAUCCAAACCUAUCUCAAGGUUCUACUUUUUGGUCUAACUGCAGCCUGGAUGAAAUCUAAUCUGAAUCUCGGUCGACUAAGAAAAUGCAUCGAUUACACGUGAAAUUAUUCUACGAUCGAGACGAGGAGAUUACAUUUUUAAAAUUCAUUGCUCGAGAACAUCGCGAUUUGUCCGAGUGUGUGUUAAAUCACGUGUGCUGAACCGCAGACUCGUGAGAGGGAAAAUCCGAUAAUCCUGAAUGGUACGGCUGAACUUGAAUGGCAAAGAGCAUUUUGUCGUUACUGUUUUUCAUCCUUAUCUCUAAUUGUAAGUCCACGCAUGAAGAUAGCAUUGGACGCAAGCGUAAGUUUCGAGCGCUUAUUCAAUGAUCAUACAUAGACUCAUAAAUGUGCUGAGAGCGAGUGGUGAAUAAUUGUUUAUAGCUGCCAUAUCGGUCCGUGAAGCUGAGAGCUAUAAACUGAACUAGACGUAGACCUACACCUAGACCUAACUCUCGUAGAAUCUAACGUAGACUCGGAUCUAGAAGUACACAUAGAUCCAAUUGCUAAUCCUGUUCUCUGGAUCUUGCCAUUUCCGGCUGAAUUUUAUUUUUCCAGCGUUAAAAAGUAUCUCAAGUUUGAAGAAAAUAUGGCAACAUUCUUAUCGGUACGUAUCCUUCCUCGUUUCAAUUGCGCGAUGAAGUAUCGUCUUAAAACAUUGCGAAUCUUUUUCGUUUGCUAAAAUGAAAGCCGAAUUGAAAGGUAAAAAUUCGAUGAUCGCGUAGCAUGGUUAAACCUGACAUUGACCUUAAGUCGAAUGGAAUCGAAAUCUGACUGGCUUUGAUCCUACCUUUCUAAUACCCGCUUAACUGAUAUUUAAUUCUCUACGACUGAAAAUUGUCAGGAUAUUGUUAAUCUUCCGCCGAUCUGUUAAACAAAAAGCUGCUCCCUCGAUGGCCUUGAAACCAGUCACCCUGACCUAUGCAACCGGUCCCCACCAUGUAAACUGGUAGCGCGAACAAUUACACGGUCCAAGCCAUGAGACAGGUGAAUAUAAAGGCAGUCGCACGACCGUGCUAAGCUAUUAGUCCGUCUGCUUCCGACGACCGGUUCUCACCGGUCAAUCGGCCGAUUUUAUAGUUCCAUUGACCUAUGUUCACGUAUUUAAGCCAACCAUACGUAUUUUAUCGACUUACGCAUCAAUUUUCGUUGUGCAACGCGGGAAAAUCCGAAUCGCCUGCUGCCGGACGCGAGUUAACAAUUGAAGAAGAUGAUGCUCGAUAGAAAUGCCAGGCAACUGACGUUGAUCUUGACCGUGGUCUCCGUGGCCUCCGCCAACAAUCUGUGGCCAUCGUGCUCCGGAAAAACUAUGAUGAGAUCCACAGAUCUAUCCUGCGAGGAGAAACAGACUAUCUUAGACGAGCAUAAUCGCUUGAGACAACUAGUGGCUCUGGGCCAGAUCAAUGGACAGCCCAGUGCUGCCAAUAUGAGAGAAAUGAUCUGGGACGACGAAUUGGCUGCCAUGGCGCAAAGGUGGACGAAUCGGUGCGCUGAGAUCCACGACGAUCUAAGGAAUGUUCGCAGGUUCUCUGUGGGGCAAAAUAUGGCUCGAGCAUGGACAACGAGGCCCCCGGGACCGUACGACGACCAGCCAAACUGGCGCCAGAUGAUCAACGGCUGGUUCGACGAGGUACAUCACUAUCAAACAGGCUAUAGCGAUGCCACCGGCCAUUACACUCAGCUUGUCUGGGGUGACACAUAUCUGGUGGGCUGUGGCUACUCCUUCUAUUACGAUCCUGCCCGGGGCUACACCAAGAACUACGUCUGUAACUAUGGGCCCAGCGGGAACGUGAUCGGCUUUGAACCGUAUCAAUCGGGCCAGCCUGCCUGUGGCAAUUACGGGAUGCUUUAUUCAAAUCGAUACGCUGGCCUUUGUUCUGCGGAGCACUACUACUAUCUGGGAGCGUUGUGCAGUUAUGGUUAAUGAUUUUCAUAUUCACAUGCAGAAACAGACAAGUGAUUCAAUUGGUUUUUCAAGGACCACGCGUCGUCGAAGCCGAUCGAUAGAUCGUUCUAUCUGAUUUGCUUGAAUAUUCUAGUCUCUAAAACAUAGUCCGUGAUUGUAAAGACCAAAACUAUAGAAAAGUUAUUAGAAUAAUAAGUACUUACUAAUCGUUCCGUGCGGUUUACCCAACGAUUACGCGAGUUUCCGUUAACCCAUUAAGCUGAAAUUCGAUCAUCUCGCUGGCAGAUCUGUUCUGUUACAUAAAGCAAAAUUAAACGAGGAUCCAUAUUUGAAAUAUGCGAAAACCAAGCGAUUUCAUGUUUCACUGGAAUGUAAUAACGAUUAUUGCGAAUCACGUGUAAUACAACUUUGCGAAGUGACGAUAUAUGUAACAUCGAUACGUAACGUUCCGCCAGGGUAAUAGGAUUUUGUAAAUAUUAAUAUCUCGUGGCCUCGAUUCAAUAUUGAAAGAAGUGAAAAAUUAAAUCGUUGAAAUUUGUAAUCUUGUAAAUGUUGAGAGUCUCGCGAUGAAAUUAUUCGCGGAGCUUGAAAUAUGUAUGGAAAGAAUUAAAAGUAAAAUACAAAUUGUAGAAGAAUGUUGAAAAAAAGAGGAAUUCGAUCAUUGAUUUUAAUUACAAUCCUUCUAAAUGAAAAAUAUCUGCUUGUUGAUCGUUAAUCUUCUUCCUUGUAUUGACGUUGUACGAUCAUGAUGACACUGUUUUAUAAAGACAAAUUAAAAAUCACUAUCCUAAUCCAUGUUCAACAUCCUGCUACGAAAGAACGAUAAAAGGAAUAGAAAGAUGGUAGAUUUUUAAAGGGAUAAAAGAUAUUCAGUCCUCCCACCAACGCAACGAUUAUGUUUCAAUUAUGAAAUCAAUAGUAGAAUCAUUGUUGGAAUUUAAAAUAUGUAUGAAAAAAAUUGAAAAUAGGAUAAAAACUGUAAAAUAAUAUUGAAAAACAGAGAGCUCAGUCAUCGAUGUUAAUUGUAGUAUAACUUUGUAUUUUUUAUAUAUUUUUUUGAUAACCUUUUAAACCAUCAAUAUUUCCUCUUUCGUAGUUAAUCCACUCUUUUGCAUUAUCGACAAAUUUUUUCGACAUAUUUUUUUAAUCCUUUGUUCCAUGGCUUUAUUCAAUGUCAAUACUCUGUAAACAUGGCACAAAUAUUUCGACAAUAAAUAAAUGAAGAACUAUCCUAAUCCAUGUUUAACGCGGUGCUUCGAGAGAAUAAUAACACGAAUAGAAAAAUGAAAGAUCUUAAAAGCGAAGAUGAAACGUGUGCGGAGUAAUCUUAGAAAUAACCAGUCCUUCCACCAAAGCGACCUCGAUUAUGUUCCAAUUUUUCGAUUUCCGUUUCCUACCCAUUUUAGCAAAGUGUAAUCUUCGCGAUAGGAUUUGAACAUCUUCGGAAUCAAACAUUUUACGCGAACGAGAGUUGUGCACCAUUCUAGCAAGUUUCUUCUCAUUUGAUACCUGCACUUCCUAUGCAUUUUGCAUCGCGGUCGUUACGUGACUGCAACUGCAAACGCCGGGUAUAAAUAUUUACGCGACCAGAAAGAUACGGCGCUCGGGUUUUUUUCACAACCCAUGCACGGCGAUCAUUCUUUUUUCCAAGCUGUCUCAAUUAAUUCAAUUCGUUUCGAGCCGUUUAAUUGUCGGUAUAACGUGGAAAAACGCGAGCCGGUUUCCUCCAGCUACAAAAUAUUCCAAUUUAAAAAGCUGCCUGUGUAAAUUUUGUAGCAGCUGCAGUUGUGGAAUGCGGCAAACAAUUGAAUCGAUGAGUCGAAGAACAAUAUACCCUGAAAACCACAUUUUGAGAUAUUUCAAAGAGUAGCUUUAGUUUCUUUCUUUUUGUGUGUAUAUGUGUAUUAUCAAUGUCAUUGAUUUUAUAGCGUUGUUGCAAUUUAAACACGGUCAUGCUAAACGAGAUAAACGUCCAUAUAUCUGCCUACCUGUGCUUGAACAUCGUUUGUGAGUCUUUUAUAAUUAAAAUGAAUUUAAUAAUUGGACUUUCACCGUUCCUCGACUCAACAGAAUUUUUAAUCUGCAAAUGAAACAAAUUAAUACAGUGGCAAAAAGUAGUAGUACCUGUUAACGUUAAAAGUAAUUAAAAUAGAAAUGAUUUAACGCAAGUUGAUUACCAAAGUAAAUUCAGCGUGAUGUAUAAAAGAAUUAGUCGUCUUGUUGACGAGUGCCAUUAGUAGUUUUCCAAAAACAAACUUCAUAGAACGUCGAUGCUUCGCUUCAGAUGUACUUUAUCAAUUUGGUCACAUUUUCUAUACUAUUUUUACUCUCAUCAAACCGGACGGACUGUCCCAAUCACAGACAUUUAUACUUCCAAUUUUAAAAAGUGGCUAAUUUCGUACUUAUAUCGGUUUUCAACUCGCUAGUUCGAUUUCACUAUUUUCCCUCGUCUAAUUGCCAAGGAUUUAACUUAGCUGAUGCGAUCUGUUCCGACCAAAUAUAUUACCGCUAUUUUUCUUCUGGAGACAAUUUUGAAAGUUUCGAACGAAAAUAAAAAGGAUUAAAGAGAGACAGAAGACAAACAAAUUUUCUGUUCGAACGUUGCAUCGUGUUCGGACAGGAAGACCGCUGACACGUGAAUAUAAACAGGCGGAAUUUCGUAUAUAUCGCGUAUGGAAUUAUCGUUUAAUAAAACACAACAGUGAGAUAAAGUGGCGGAUUAUACAGACGCAAAAAUCGCGCAAUAAAGUUUAAUUCCCUUAUUCGGGGACAGCGAAAUCCCGGAUAUCCGAGCAGCAGGCUUUCCUUCGCAAUUCUUUUCGAUUUAUUGUUAGCCGCCUGUGGCCCUCCGUAUUGUUCUAUCCGGUUCCUGAUUCACCAAGUCUAGCCUCGAUUCUCUGCUAUUUACACGUGCAAGAAACAUGUAUACUUAAUUAGUUAUCGUGCUCGUCCAAAUAAGUUAGACUUAAGAAUAAAAAUGUAAUAUUCGAAUUUGAUGUGGCUAUAUAUGUAACAUGAAAAGAGUAUAUUUUAUAAUCGCUGUACGUGUGCGAACCUUGUACAAAUGUCGCCUAUGUGCUAUUGUUACGAUUCUGUUAUGGACACGUGCGGGCGGCACUUUCGCAGCUUGCGUCUCUGAAUACCAUAGUCUUCUCUAUGACUUGUACGAGGUGAGCUGACCGGAUUGAGUAUCACUGUGCGCCCCGCUGCUCAGGCUGACCUUCUUUUGUUCGUGAAUGAAGGUUUGCUCGCGUGCAGGGUUAUUCUGGCCGAUUUUUAAUUGUCAAUAACUAAAAAACAAAGCGAAAAACGCAAUUCUUUUAUUCCUGAUUUUCAUCUCAUUUCGCCUUCAAGAAUCAUUCCUUAAAUUUCCUCACACCUAUAGCC